CCCAUGGUGAGGAGGUUCGAUGAAAUUGACUUCCUGGAGGCUGUGUUGGAGAUCAAGAGGUCAAAGUUGAUGCGAAGAUCAGGCUGCUGUUCAGCCCAGCCAGAAAGUGAGAAGAGGGGUGAGGAGGGAUCCUUGAAUAUGCUGAAGGACAGGUCCAACCCCUGGCCGGAGACCACCAACUCGGGCUCAGGGUCUUGUUCCUCCCAGGAAACAGAUGUAUCUCUACCAGGCCCCCUCACCAGCUGCAAUACAGCACCCUCUAAAGAGGGGCUUCCGUUGUCAUUCAUAGCUCAUCCUCUUGAGGCUCCCGAGUCUCUGAAGGACCACUCUGCAACCAAUAAUCUAAACGGCCACCAGAGUGCCAGGCCCAUGAAUGAAUUGAACAUACCCGUCAAACCUGGCCCGCCCGUCACUGAGUAUGAGACACGACUGGAUAACCUCACUCUCAAUCCAAAGCCUCAGCAGCCAGCUGAUUACUCCGCCCCAUUGUGCAACUCGCCUCCAUCACAAGGCCCCAUCACCCAAUGGAUCGAGACACGGCGCGAGGAGAUCGUCUCACAGAUGACCGAGGCCUGCCUGAACCAGAGCUUGGACGCCCUGCUUUCACGCUCUAUGCUGAUGCGUGAGGAUUACGAACUGGUGGUGAACCAGCCCACUCGCACAGCCAAGGUACGCAAGCUCUUGGACGACUGUCACCGGCACAGCGAAGACUUCUGCCGCAUUGUCGUCCGCAAGCUGCACGACAAUAAGCAGAUGGGCUUGCAGCCGUACCCAGCUGAAAUCAGCUCACCAACCACAAACCUGGCUCCAAAUGGUGGAGCAGAGAAAAUUCGGAUGAAGAGGGAAAUCUCUCUCAUCAAUGGGAUCUGUCUCAUCGUGGGCAACAUGAUUGGCUCUGGGAUCUUUAUCUCACCAAAGGGUGUACUGAUGCACAGCGCCUCUUACGGUCUGUCCUUGGUCAUUUGGGCUCUUGGAGGCAUCUUCUCCGUGUUUGGGGCUUUGUGCUACGCAGAGCUUGGCACCACCAUCACCAAGUCUGGAGCCAGUUACGCCUACAUCCUGGAGUCGUUUGGUGGCUUUCUGGCUUUCAUCCGUCUGUGGACGUCCAUCCUGCUGAUCGAGCCAGCCAGCCAGGCUGUGAUUUCACUGACCUUUGCCUACUACCUGCUGGAGUCUUUCUACCCAACCUGCCAGCCGCCGUACGAUGCUGUCCGCCUCCUUGCUGCGGCCUGUCUCUGUAUACUCAUUUUCAUCAACUGUGCCUAUGUGAAAUGGGGGACUCUGGUCCAGGACAUCUUCACUUAUGCCAAACUCAUGGCACUCAUCCUCAUCAUUGUUGUGGGAAUCCUGAAAAUAGCUAGUGGAGAAACAAAGAGUUUUGACAAUCCGUUUGAGGGGUCCUCCACAGAUCCCGGAGCCAUUGCUUUGGCACUUUACUCAGCUCUGUUCUCCUACUCCGGCUGGGACACGCUCAACUUUGUCACAGAGGAGAUUAAGAAUCCAGAGAGAAAUCUGCCCCUGGCCAUUGCCGUUUCCAUGCCCAUAGUGACCAUCAUUUAUCUGUUGACCAAUGUAGCGUACUAUGUGGUUCUGGACAUGCCAUCUCUGCUAGCCAGUGACGCCGUUGCUGUGACAUUUGGGAAUGCAGUCCUGGGCCCAUUCAAAUGGAUCAUCCCUGUGUCAGUGGCCAUGUCUUGCUACGGAGGACUUAAUGCUUCCAUCAUUGCUGCCUCACGGUAA